AUGCCUGUGAAAGAAUUCAACUCGGCUUACCCAGUCAUCGACACUGACCCUCACUUCUUCCGUGUCGUACGUUACUUCAGAAGCUCUGAUUAUGCCGCCUGGGCUGCAGGUACUGCUGCUGCCCCAGCUAUCAUGCUCGGCAUGGAGAAAAUGAACCCCGUCGGCCCUGUUCGUAACCUCCGCCUUCCUCUUCGUGUGGCUACUGUGUUUGGUGCCUUUGGUGGUUUCUUGUACGCAUACCAGAAUAGCAGUCUUCGCUUCUGGGGCUGGACCGAGAACGCAGCAGAAGUCCAGAAGGAUCACGCUGAAAUGAGCCAGCGUUUGAAGGAGGGUAAGUCCCUCUAUGGAGAGUCUUCGAUGCCUCCCCAUGUCGCAAAUGAAUCCUCCAGAAACUCUCGCUUUGCUCAGUUGAAGUUCAGCGUCUUCCCUUGGUUUAACUUUGCCAAUCACAACAACCACGGUGUUGAUACCUCCAAGUAUGAAUCUUCUUAA